AUGCCACCGAGACAGGCACAUCGGGGUGGACAUUAUCUACCGAUACCUAUUUCAUCAUCUUCAGACUCCUCGCCGCCAUCUACUCCGGCACCACUUCCGACUCCUAGCUUUGAGGCUACACCUUCAGGCUCUAGCUUUGAGACUGACCCAUCUGAAGGGUCAUAUGAUCAGACACCGGAGCACAUUCCUUUGUCUCCAGACCCAUACUUUAUGGACAUCGAGGUGGAUGUGGUACACGAUAGUCCAGUGCAUGGAGAUCAUCCCGCAGCUCCUGCAUCUCCUGCCGCUGAUAUUCCACCGGCCCCUGCCGCACCUAUUCUGGCAGCACAACCUCAACCAGCGGCAACCGAUCCAGCUAUGAUAGCACUUCUGGAACUGAUGGCUGAGAUGGUGAAUUUGCAAUAUCAAGCACUGAAUGCACAGCGAGAAGCACAGCGUGCUCAGCCAGCUCCAGUACCUACUACUUCUCACCCGGACUUCCUGAAGAUAGUCAUGAUUAUGAAGAACAUGGGGACGAAGCAUUACCAGGGAGGCACUGAUCCCUUUGAAGCUGAUGCGUGGCUUCACAAUCUCGAGCAGAAGUUUGCUGCAACCCGUUGUCCGGAAGAAUUUAAAAAAGACGUGGCUGUUUACUAUUUAGAGAAGGACGCCAUCAGUUGGUGGUUAUGCGUAGAGAGGAACUUUGGAGACUUCAAUCUGAGUUGGGCUGACUUCCGUACAGCGUUCAUUCGAAAGUACUUCCCAUCGGAAGCCCGUGAUCGAUUGGAGACUAAAUUCAUGGAGCUAGUUCAGGGAGGAUUAUCUGUUAGGAAGUAUGAGGCAGAGCUCACCCGUCUCAGGAAGUAUGUCCACUAUGGUCGAGAGGACGAGAUGAUGAUUAUCCGUAAGUUCCUUCGAGGACUUGACCCAUAUAUCAGGAGCAGACUUGAGGCAGUAGAGUUUCAUCGGCUUGCUGAUCUUGUUGAGCGUGCUGUGAACGUUGAGGAGGCCAUUGCUGCUGAGAGAGCUUCUUCUAGCAAUGCCGCACAACCUAGACGUCCAUCUGUUCCGUUCCAGCCUCAGCUGCAUUCUGCUAUGCAGCGAGGACGAGGAGGUAGAGCUUUUCGGGGAGGUCGUUCUGGUGGUUCUAGACCUAGAACCCCGACUUGUUUCACUUGUGGCCAGCUGGGCCAUGUUAGGAGGGAUUGUCCGACUGUGGGACAGUUCCAACCGGCUGUACCAUCGCACAUCACUUGUUUCAUGUGUGGAGAGCGCGGACAUUACGCGACAUCAUGUCCACGCACUCAUCUUGCUCAGCCUGUUGUUUCGAGUGCUCAACCCGCCAGACCAGUUAACCCACCUUUACCCUUACCUCCUGCUAAGCGUCAAGCCACUGCUGGUAGGGCUUACGCUUUAGAGUUACCAGGACCAUCCGGACCACCUCAGGGUCCAAUUUCAGGGACUUUGCUUGUGGGUGGAAUAUCCGCCCACAUCCUUUUCGAUUCAGGAGCAACACAUAGUUUUGUAGCUCCCGAAGUAGCAUCCCAAUUCGAUGGAGAAUUCACUAAGGUGAAUCUAUCCAUUCCCGUGCUAACUCCCGGAGAUCAAGUUCUUGAAACUGAAGGCUGUAUUCUAAGAGUUCCAAUCAUUAUCCAAGAUAUGGUUUUUCCGGCUGAUUUGUUAGUUCUCCCCUUAGAGAGGUACGAGGUUAUCUUAGGGAUGGAUUGGCUGUCAAGUUACCGAGCUCACCUUGAUUGUGGUCGAGGAAAGAUUGUUUUCGAGAGAGAUACCCAACCCUCUUUAGCUUACCAUGGCAUAGUACCAAGUGAUGGAGCGUCAUUAGUGUCAGCAUUGAGAAUUGAAAACCUUUUGGAGAAGGGUGAAGAAGUAUACUUAGUGACCUUAGUUGCUGGACUAGUAGAAGACGAGAAAGAGCAGAACAUGGAAGAAAUACCAGUAGUCAGAGAAUAUGAGGACGUGUUUAAGGCAUUAGAGGGAUUGCCGCCGUCUAGGAGUAACCCCUUUAGUAUAACCUUAGAACCCGGAUCAGCUGCAAUAGCAAAGGCACCAUACCGAAUGGCACCAGCAGAACUCGCUGAGUUGAAGCAGCAGCUAGCUGAUUUGUUAGAUAAAGGUUUCAUACGUCCUAGUUCAUCACCAUGGGGAGCACCCGUGCUAUUUGUAAAGAAGAAAGACGGAAGCAUGCGGUUAUGUAUUGAUUAUCGUGGAAUCAAUAACGUAACCAUAAAAGACAAGUACCUACUCCCAAGAAUUGAUGAGCUAUUAGACCAGUUACAAGGCGCAAGCUGGUUUUCAAAGAUUGAUUUAGCUUCAGGUUAUCAUCAGAUUCCGAUUUCCGAAGCCGAUAUCAUGAAGACUGCCUUUAGAACCCGCUAUGGACACUUUGAGUUCGUAGUAAUGCCUUUUGGUCUUACCAAUGCCCCGGCUGCAUUUAUGCGACUGAUGAAUGAAGUAUUUCAGGAUUACCUGGAUGAGUUUGUUAUCAUAUUCAUUGACGACAUCCUCAUAUAUUCCCGAAGUGCAGAAGAACACGAAAGGCAUCUACGACUAGUUUUGGAGCGUCUCCGAGAUCAAAAGCUUUUUGCUAACCUUAGUAAAUGUCGUUUCUGGAAAAGAGAAGUUGGCUUCUUAGGACAUCGAGUGUCAGAAGAAGGAGUUGCCGUCGAUCCAGAAAAGAUAGCUGCUAUUAAGGAAUGGCCGCAUCCGACUUCUGUUACCGAGAUUCGAAGUUUUCUCGGAUUGGCCGGCUAUUACAGAAAGUUUGUCCAAGAAUUUGCAAGCGUAUCAAAGCCUUUGACUCGUCUUACCGGUAAAGGGAUUGCUUAUGAAUGGAGUAUAGAAACCGAGAAAGCAUUCGAAAAGUUAAAAGAAGCUUUGACCACUGCACCUAUCUUAGCAUUGCCUAAGCCUAACCAACCAUACACCGUGUAUACGGAUGCAUCUCAUGUUGGUUUAGGUUGUGUGCUGAUGCAGGACGAUAAGGUAAUCGCCUAUGCAUCUAGGCAAUUAAGAAAGCAUGAAGUGAAUUAUCCGACACAUGACCUAGAGAUGGCUGCAGUAGUAUUUGCCCUUCGGAUUUGGCGAUCGUACUUGUAUGGUGAGAAGAUCAAAGUGUUCACUGACCAAAAAAGCCUUAAGUAUCUUUUCACUCAACCUGAUUUGAACCUAAGGCAAAAACGAUAG